UUAAAUAUUUUUUCUUUCUAUUUUUCAGAGGGUGCACGACUAAAGGGAUCCACUGUUUUAUUGCAUUGUCAGGCUGGAAUAUCACGAAGUGCAACGAUUGCGAUAGCUUAUGUGAUGCGAUAUAAAUCACUUUCACUGCUAGAAGCAUAUAAAUUGGUUAAAUUAGCAAGACCAAUCAUCUCACCAAACCUCAAUUUUAUGGGACAAUUGCUUGAACUAGAACAAAAUUUACGGGCCACUGGAAAAUUGGAACCAUUACCGCCAGCAUCAGCAUCAAAUAGUUCCGAUUCUGAAAUGGAAAACGAUGAAGAUGAUGACGUAUUUACCGCACGAUUACUUCACAACAAAUUUUCCGCAAAAUCAUGUAUCUCAUUGCCCGAUUGCUCUUCAACAUCAUCACUGUCGUCAUCUAAGUCAGCAUCAACGAGUUCUACGCUAUCACCGAUAGACGAACGGAACUAAACAACCAUUUCAUAUUUCACACAACAUAUUCAAACAAAAAAUUGAGAGUUGUAAUUUUAUGGCGAGUAAUCGUUUUCUCUAUAAGAGCGGAAUAAAAUCAAAUUAUCGUUCGAUGCUACAUCAUAAAACGUGCUAAUUAGUCAAAAAAAAGUCAAUUUAUAUUCGUACUUUUUUAUAAAUUAUAACCAAUUGAUUAACACACAUUUAUAAAAAAAACACAUAUAUGAAACUAGAUUGAAGCUUUUUACUUUUAUUUGGACGUUUCACAAAAUCAAAAGACGAAAAAUUCAGCCAUAUAUAUUUUGCCAUACAAAUUUUACGCAUGAGUAAGUUUUAAUUUAAAAAAAAUCAAUUGAUGGCCAAAAAACUAUCAAUUAUAAAGAUUACCAAUUUUUUUAAAUUUAAAUAAUAUUUUAAAAUCAAAAUGUACUUUGAACAAAAAACCAUAAUAAUGAAUAGGUUCUUUCACAUAGUCUUUUCGUCAUCAAUUUAAUCUUGCUAAAAAAAGAAAUUUAUGAUAAACGAAAAGUAACUUGUGUAUGAAAUUCUAUAAUCAAUAGACCAAAAUCGAAUGACAUGAAAGGUUUGUUGUGAUUUUUCCAUUUACAAAUUAUCUACCAUUCGAACAAACUCACAUAUACUAAACUAAGAAAAUGAGGAUAUUAAAGACACACUUUAAAGAAAAAAGGAAGAAUUUUUUCGCAGUUUUAACCCACCACAAACCACCAAAUUCGAUAAAACAUAUUAAAAAUAAAGAAUAAAUUUAACGAGAGACGAAAAAACCUAUGCUUCGGGUGAGAGAAAAAACUAACCAAUCCUCUCCCAAAAAAACGAAAUAAAAAUAAAUUCACAUAACUGUAAA